AUGGAUAAUCUGUCUAUGACUAUUCGCAAUAAAAUAGAAUCUCUACACAGAAAGGGUCGGAAGUAUCAAAAUCGUCAACGUUACAAGCGGGCGAUUUAUUGUUAUAGAAAAGUUAUUAUUCAAAUAAAAUCGAUACUCAAAGGUAACAAUAAUGCUCAUCAACUUGAAUAUAAUGUUCGCCUUGAUUUGGCUGAUUGUUAUAGAGAAAAAUAUCAAUGGAUAAAAGCCCGUGAAUGGGUUAGUAAAGCAAAGAAAUUAGCUAAACAACUACAAGACGAAGUGAAGAUUGCAAUGUGCUUGGACAGGCGAGGUGAGAUUAAACGACUUGAGGGUAACUGGAGUAGCGCCUUGGCAAAUUUUAAAUAUUCUCUUGAUUUGAAAUUGAAAUCGUUAGGAAGUGAAAAUAUCGAUGUUAGUGACUCCUAUAAUAACAUUGGCGCUGUAUACACUAAUCAAGGCAAGUAUGGUAAGGCUUUGGCCAUGUAUAAUAAAUCAGUGGAGAUUAACUCGAAAAUUAAAGGCGAGAAUGAUGCAGGCGUUGCUACAUUAUAUAACAACAUUGGUAGUGUCUAUGAUAAUCAAGGCAAAUAUGACGACGCUCUAUCGAUGUAUAACGAAUCGCUCAAGAUUAGAGUAGUAAGACUUGGUGACAAUCAUCUUCAUGUUACCGACUCCUAUAACAACAUUGCGCUUGUCUAUGAUCAUCAAGGCAAGUACGAUGACGCUCUAUCAAUGUACAACAAAUCGCUCAAGAUUAGACUAAAAACACUUGGCGAUAACCAUCCAAGUGUUGCCGAGUCAUAUAACAACAUUGCACUUGUCUAUAAGAAUCAAGGCAAGUAUGACGACGCUCUAUCAAUGUAUAACAAAUCACUCAAGAUUAGACUAGAAAUACUUGGUGAAAAUCAUCCGAGUCUUGCUACGUCAUAUAACAACAUUGGUGGUGUUUAUGAUAGUCAAGGCAAGUAUGACGACGCUUUAUCGAUGUAUAACAAAUCACUCGACAUUAGACUAGUAACUUAUGGUAACAAUCAUCCGAGUGUUGCCGACUCAUAUAAUAAUAUUGCAACUGUCUAUUGGAAUCAAGGCAAGUAUAAUGACGCUCUAACAACGUAUAACGAAUCAUUCAAGAUAAGACUAGCGACACUUGGUGACAAUCAUUCGAGUGUUGCCGACUCGUAUAACAACAUUGGUGGUGUCUAUUGGAAUCAAGGCAAGCAUGACGACGCUCUACCAAUGUUUAACAAAUCACUCGAGAUUAGACUAAAAACACUUGGCGAUAAUCAUCCGAGCGUUGCCGACUCAUAUAACAACAUUGCAAGUGUCUAUCAUCAUCAAGGCAAGUAUGAUGAGGCUCUAUCAAUGUAUAACAAAUCACUCAAGAUUAGACUAGAAACUCAUGGCGACAAUCAUCCGAGCCUUGCGGAAUCAUAUAACAACAUUGGAGGUGUCUAUUAUAAUCAAGGUACGUAUGAUAGCGCUCUAUCAAUGUAUAGCAAAUCACUCAACAUUACACUGGAAACAACUGGUGACAAUCAUCUGAGUGUUGCUAACUCAUAUAACAACAUUGGGCUUGUCUAUGAUACUCAAGGCAAGCAUGAUAGCGCUCUAUCAAUGUAUAACAAAUCACUCAACAUUACACUAGAAACUUUUGGCGACAACCAUCCGAGUGUUGCUACGUCAUAUAACAACAUUGGAAGUGUCUAUAAGAAUCAAGGCAAGUAUGACGACGCUCUAACAAUGUAUAACAAAUCGCUCAAGAUUAGACAAGAAACACUUGGCGACAAUCAUCCGAGUGUUGCCAAGUCUUAUAACAACAUUGCGCUUGUCUAUAAGAAUCAAGGCAAGUACGAUGACGCUCUAUCAAUGUAUAACAAAUCACUCAAGAUUAGACAAGAAACACUUGGCGAUAAUCAUCCGAGUGUAGCCGAGUCAUAUAAAGACAUCGCGCUUGUCUAUGAGAAUCAAGGCAAGUAUGACAACGCUCUAUCAAUGUAUAGCAAGUCGCUAAAGAUUACACUAGAAAUACUUGGCGAUAAUCAUCCGAGUGUUGCCGAUUCAUAUAGCAAAAUUGCAACUGUUUAUGAUCAUCAAGGUAAGUAUGACGACGCUCUAUCGAUGUAUAACGAAUCGCUCAAGAUUAGAGUAGUAAGACUUGGUGACAAUCAUCUUCAUGUUACCGACUCCUAUAACAACAUUGCGCUUGUCUAUGAUCAUCAAGGCAAGUACGAUGACGCUCUAUCAAUGUACAACAAAUCGCUCGAGAUUAGACUAAAAACACUUGGCGAUAACCAUCCAAGUGUUGCCGAGUCAUAUAACAACAUUGCACUUGUCUAUAAGAAUCAAGGCAAGUAUGACGACGCUCUAUCAAUGUAUAACAAAUCACUCAAGAUUAGACUAGAAAUACUUGGUGAAAAUCAUCCGAGUCUUGCUACGUCAUAUAACAACAUUGGUGGUGUUUAUGAUAGUCAAGGCAAGUAUGACGACGCUUUAUCGAUGUAUAACAAAUCACUCGACAUUAGACUAGUAACUUAUGGUAACAAUCAUCCGAGUGUUGCCGACUCAUAUAAUAAUAUUGCAACUGUCUAUUGGAAUCAAGGCAAGUAUAAUGACGCUCUAACAACGUAUAACGAAUCAUUCAAGAUAAGACUAGCGACACUUGGUGACAAUCAUUCGAGUGUUGCCGACUCGUAUAACAACAUUGGUGGUGUCUAUUGGAAUCAAGGCAAGCAUGACGACGCUCUACCAAUGUUUAACAAAUCACUCGAGAUUAGACUAAAAACACUUGGCGAUAAUCAUCCGAGCGUUGCCGACUCAUAUAACAACAUUGCAAGUGUCUAUCAUCAUCAAGGCAAGUAUGAUGAGGCUCUAUCAAUGUAUAACAAAUCACUCAAGAUUAGACUAGAAACUCAUGGCGACAAUCAUCCGAGCCUUGCGGAAUCAUAUAACAACAUUGGAGGUGUCUAUUAUAAUCAAGGUACGUAUGAUAGCGCUCUAUCAAUGUAUAGCAAAUCACUCAACAUUACACUGGAAACAACUGGUGACAAUCAUCUGAGUGUUGCUAACUCAUAUAACAACAUUGGGCUUGUCUAUGAUACUCAAGGCAAGCAUGAUAGCGCUCUAUCAAUGUAUAACAAAUCACUCAACAUUACACUAGAAACUUUUGGCGACAACCAUCCGAGUGUUGCUACGUCAUAUAACAACAUAGGAAGUGUCUAUAAGAAUCAAGGCAAGUAUGAUGACGCUCUAUCGAUGUAUAACAAAUCACUCAAGAUUAGACAAGAAACACUUGGCGACAAUCAUCCGAAAGUUGCCAAGUCUUAUAACAACAUUGCGCUUGUCUAUAAGAAUCAAGGCAAGUACGAUGACGCUCUAUCAAUGUAUAACAAAUCACUCAAGAUUAGACAAGAAACACUUGGCGAUAAUCAUCCGAGUGUAGCUGAGUCAUACAAAGACAUCGCGCUUGUCUAUAACAAUCAAGGCAAGUAUGACGACGCUCUAUCAAUGUAUAACAAAUCACUCAAGAUUAGACAAGAAACACUAGGUGAAAAUCAUCCAAAUCUUGCCAACUCUUAUAACAGCAUUGCGCUCGUCUAUGAUCAUCAAGGCAAGUAUGACGACGCUCUAUCGAUGUAUAACAAAUCACUCGACAUUAGACUAGUAACUUAUGGUAACAAUCAUUCGAGCGUUGCCGACUCAUAUAAUAAUAUUGCAACUGUCUAUUGGAAUCAAGGCAAGUAUAAUGACGCUCUAACAUCGUAUAACGAAUCAUUCAAGAUAAGACUAGCGACACUUGGUGACAAUCAUCCGAGUGUUGCCGACUCGUAUAACAACAUUGGUGGUGUCUAUUGGAAUCAAGGCAAGCAUGACGACGCUCUACCAAUGUUUAACAAAUCACUCGAGAUUAGACUAAAAACACUUGGCGAUAAUCAUCCGAGCGUUGCCGACUCAUAUAACAACAUUGCAAGUGUCUAUCAUCAUCAAGGCAAGUAUGAUGAGGCUCUAUCAAUGUAUAACAAAUCACUCAAGAUUAGACUAGAAACUCAUGGCGACAAUCAUCCGAGCCUUGCGGAAUCAUAUAACAACAUUGGACUUGUUUAUGAUAAUCAAGGCAAGCAUGAUGACGCUCUAUCAAUGUAUAACAAAUCACUCAAGUGUAAUGAAGGCGAAUGCCAGAAAUAUCAUGUUUCAGCGCUUGACGUUGCUCAAAUUUAUAGUACUUUAAUAUGCUAA